AUGAACGCCCAGGACAGCGACCGUAAAGACGCCAUUGCCUCCCAGCAGCCUUGCUCGCAUGCUUCGACGCAGCAGCAGCUCGCUGCUGUCGGCAUCACCAGCCAGACGAAUGAGAAGCCCAGUGCAAACUCGUCCAGGUCGUCGCUAACUCCGCAGCCGAAGUGGAUGACGCUGGAGCUGGAGGAGAGAGGUUGGAGGAGGAUUGUCCAGAACUUUACGCCGUCGUGGUUCGCCGUGAAUAUGGCCACCGGCAUGGUGUGUCUCGUUCUUCACGCCAUCCCCUAUAAGCACCGCGUCAUUACCGUCAUCUACACCGUGCUCUUCGUAAUCAACGUCAUCCUCUUCGCCAUUAUCUCCUUUACCUCGCUCUUGCGCUACGUGAUGUACCCAGCAACUUGGGGUCUGAUGCUGCGGCACCCGGUGCAAUCGCUCUUCCUCGGCUGCAUCCCCAUGGGCCUGACCACCAUCAUCAACAUGUUCAUCUUCGUCUGCAUCCAGGAGGCGGGCUGGGGGCCCUGGGCGAACAAACUGGCCUGGGUCCUCUGGUGGAUCGACGUCGUGAUGGCCAUAGCUUGUGCUUGUGGCUUGCCUUUCUUGAUGACUUACGUGCAUCCGACGAGCCUCUCCACUAUGACGGCCGCGUGGCUCCUCCCCGCUGCUACACCAAUCGUCACGUCGGCCAAUGGUGCUACCGUAGCUUCUAUCUUGUCAAACCCGCAGCACGCACUAUGGACUAUCAUAGUCAGCUACGUGCUUUGGGGCAUUGGCCUUCCCAUGGCCUUGCUUACGCUCGUGAUAUACUUCCACCGUCUGGCCAUGCACAAGUUGCCGCCGAGGGAGGUCAUCGUGAGCGUGUUCCUUCCCCUGGGUCCUCUCGGGCAGGGCGGCUUCUCCAUCAUGAACCUCGGCAAAAUGGCCCUGGAGGUGUUUCCCAAGACCGGUACUCUCCAUCCAAUGGCUGGCGAGAUCCUCUACGUCAGUGCUUUCUUCACGGCGAUCGUACUGUGGGGAUUCGGUAUCGUCUGGGCUUUCUUCGCCGUGGCGUCGAUUAGUCGGUCCAAGUUCCCGUUCAACAUGGGCUGGUGGGGUUUCACCUUCCCUACGGGCGUGUUUGUACUCUCUACCCUUCAGAUGGGAGAGGAGCUUCCAUCCGCCUUUUUCCAAGUACUUGGCACUGUCACUGGAGUUGCGGUCAUCAUCCUUUGGUUCCUUGUUGCCAUUGUUACAAUCCGAAGAGCCAUUGCUGGCGAUGUCUUCUUUGCGCCAUGCUUGCAAAAAGUGGACAAAGCAAAUGCGCCAGGAGCAAAUGGAUCUGCAAACGUGUGA